AUGGCUUCACGGAGGCUGGCGUAUAGCUUCAAUCAAGCUCUGCGCACUCGAAAGGCUUUGAGGUCAAUUCAGCCCAUCAAGCGAGGCUUUGCUACUCCUCUGGAGCCAGCACAAACAGAAUGCACGACCCUCUCGAACGGCCUGACGAUUGCCACUCAACAUUCACCAUGGGCGCAGACGUCUACCGUUGGUGUGUGGAUUGAUGCUGGAAGCAGAGCAGAAACCGACAGAACGAAUGGCACGGCGCACUUCUUAGAACAUCUUGCAUUCAAGGGUACAAACAAACGAAGUCAACAGCAGCUGGAGCUCGAAAUUGAAAACAUGGGAGGUCAUCUGAACGCUUACACCUCGCGCGAGAACACUGUUUAUUAUGCCAAAUCUUUUAACUCCGAUGUUCCAAGAACUGUCGAUAUUCUCUCCGAUAUUCUCCAAAAUUCCAAACUUGAGCCGGCAGCUGUCGAGCGCGAAAGGGACGUCAUCCUACGUGAGCAAGAGGAGGUUGACAAGCAGCUAGAUGAAGUCGUCUUCGACCACCUUCACGCCACAGCUUAUCAGGGUCAACCCCUUGGCCGGACAAUUCUUGGACCAAAAGAGAACAUCGCCAGCAUACAGAGACAAGACUUACUGGAUUACAUCAAAACAAACUACCUGGCCGAUCGCAUGGUAUUGGUCAGUGCUGGAGGUGUUCCACACGACGAUCUGGUCAAGCUAGCAGAACAGUAUUUCAGUAAUCUACCACAAGCACCUCCAACAUCGUACGCUUCGCAAGUCGCAGCAGAACAGAAGCGGAAGCCGGAUUUCAUUGGUUCAGAAGUUCGAGUUCGGGAUGACACUAUACCCACUGCACACAUUGCUAUUGCCGUUGAGGGAGUCAGCUGGAAAGAUGAUGACUACUUUACUGCCCUGGUCACCCAGGCCAUUGUGGGAAAUUGGGAUCGGGCAAUGGGUAACUCACCAUAUCUGGGCAGCAAGCUGAGCAGAUUCGUCCACGAAAACGGUCUUGCCAACAGUUUCAUGAGUUUCUCUACAAGCUACAGCGAUACUGGUCUAUGGGGAAUAUACCUUGUUACCGAGAACAAAACCCAGAUUGACGAUCUGGUUCAUUUCACCCUACGCGAGUGGUCUCGCCUCUCAUUCAACGUCAGCGAAGCAGAGACCGAGCGGGCCAAAGCUCAAUUGAAGGCAUCCUUGUUGCUCUCGUUGGACGGCACAACUGCCGUUGCAGAGGAUAUUGGUCGGCAGAUUGUCACCACAGGUCGAAGAAUGGACCCUCUUGAGAUUGAACGGGUCAUAGGCAACAUCUCCGAAAAGGAUGUAAUGAGGUUCGCCAGAAAGAAGCUGUGGGAUCAAGAUGUGGCACGCGAAACGCCACGCGGCAUAUUUGUGAGGACAUUCGUCUUACUACGCCAUGGCGCUCGAGAGAACCUGUCCAUCAUCUUCAAGAAGGUUCCUACUGGCACGCCGGUAGCUGGCGAGCAUCUGAGUGUCGAAGAUCGUGGUUAUGACUCUUCAGCAUCUGCUCCAUCGGGGGGUGUCAUUACCAACAACCUCUAUGCUUCGUUCGAUCCUUACAUGAGAGGUCGAAUGCGUGAGCCAGAGAAGAAACUUUAUUCUUCGCCAUUCACUCUCAAUGAGCCCAUCACGUCCUACUGCUUCUCACGCGUCCUGAGAUCCGACAACACGGACUACAGAGAAGGAGAUCUCUUGGUUGGACCUCAGAUUCCUGUGCAGCAAUAUUCAUCGGUACCAAAGGAAAUACUGGAGAAUGCACGGAAGAUCGAUCCUUCCACGGCACUGAAAGACUGA